AUGGCCUGGCGAUUUGCGCUCCUUGUUUUGCUCCUCUCCCUUCUCCCCCUCGUGCUCCCGCAUUCUAUCCGCCUCCCCUCCGCACCUUGCGUCGCGCGGAUCGCCGAGCGGAGCCUCGAGGGGCGCGGGGCGCACCGCGUGCUGCGCACGUCGCUCCGCGUGGCAUGCCGCGCCGACGUGUUCCGUCCACGUCAUACAGGCGGUGCACACGUGGCCUGCGGAGAAGCGCCCGUAACUGGAACGGGGAUCCGCGGUGACAAUGGGAUUGAGGGAGAGACGGAAGGAAGGAGAACGGACGGCGGAGAGGAGGAGCAGCAGACAGAUGGGUGCAGAGCGGUACCAGAGCAGCGAACCCACGACCAGGUGAGGGGAGGAGGUGCGUUAGUGGGCGCAUGGGAUGGUGAGAAGAUGGGGAGGGGGGGGCGUUCUUGGGCGCGUGAGGGGAGGAGGGGGAGAGGGGAAGUGGGGAGAAUGCGCAGUGAAGGCGGGGGAGUGUGCAGUAUGGGAGGGGGGGGGGGGUGCGGGCGGCACAUUGAGGAGGGGACAGGCGCAGUAAAAGGGGAAGAGAGUGCUGUUGGUGCUGUUGCCGGCGACCGAGCCUGGGUGGUAGGACCGGUGGAGCUGGAGCAGCCGGCGCCGCGGUGUGAAGCAACAGAGGCAGUGAUGGACGUGGCAUUGGGGGAGGGGGAGCAGAAGGGGGAGGGGAAGGGGGAGGGGAAGGGGGAGGGGAAGGGGGAGGGGAAGGGGGAGGGGAAGGGGGAGGGGGAAGGCGCUGCAGGGAAAGUGAGGAAGGAGGAGGGUGCAGGGGACGAGGAGGGGCGGGGGGAGGGGGACGGGGAUAUGCGAGUGGGGGAAGACGAGGUUGCUUUCUCAUUGGAGUUCAGUCUGCCUCUGCACUCUCGUUAUCCAGCUGUGCUGCCAGCUCUCUCCCCCCCAUUCUCCCCUCUCUCCCUCCUCUCCACCACUCACUCGUUUUCCUGGAACCACUCCGCCCUCUCCUCUCUCUAUUCUCUCUCCACCCUCUCCUCUCUCACACAAGCCGUCACCGGCAGCUGCAGCCAAUCGCACGCUGCGGUUCAUGUGCCCUUGCCUUCCGCAUGCCUCGUUCUCCCUCCUCCCCCAAUCCGCCCGGGACCAUCUGCCUUGCGCACAUCAGCACCACCGUCACCAUCACCAUCAGCAGCAGCAUCAGAAUCACCAUCAGCAUCAGCAUCAGCAGUAUGUGAUGCCGUCACUACACCCCGCUGCGAGUGCCUUCCUAUGCAGCUCACAUGGUCUUCACAAACAGCACCUGCAAAUGGGGAAACGGACAGGUCUGGGGGAGCAGCAAGACUGGGAGGAGACUCGGAGGGAGACGAAGCAGAGCAAAGGCAUGAGGAGGUGAGGAGGGAGACGGAGGAGGAGGGGGCGUUGCUAUGGGAGGUGCCGGCGGGGUGUGCUGCCCACACGCCCCUGGUGCUGUGGGGUACGUCCCUAGCUGCUGCUGUGGGGGCUCUGGUGCUUGUUGCCGUGGCUGCUGCUGCUCCAACGCACACAGCAGGCACUAAGGCCAGCAGUUGA